AAAACCUAUUUAUCGUCUCAUUUUAGAAGUAGAACAGAAAGUGAAAAGUCUCAGAGAGCAGUGUGUCAUAGUUUGACACUGUCGUCAUCGUAUCAUUUCCGCCGUUUGUCUCCGCCAUCCACCGCCGUUUGUCUCCGCCAUUCACCGUCGACACAGGUAUCCAGCAAUUAUGAAGCGGAAGAGGCAAUCUAAAAUAACAGAUUUGAACUUUGAUGUGUUGAAACACGUUAUGUAUCAUGUUGCUGUGUCACCUGAUGGAGCUGGAAAUCUUGCCCGAACUUUAGCAGUCUGCAGACUGUUCAAGGAACUUGCUGAUGAUUCUGACAUCUUAAAAGCCGCGGCAUUUGAUCAGGUUAAGCUUUCUGGUAUUCAUGAAUCAUUCUGGCGACCUGCUGGGAUGUUAUGUAGGUGCUUACCGACAGGAAAUCCAUCAGCUUUCAACACCAUAAGAAAGAAUGCAGAGAUAUUGAAUGUUUCUUAUCGGAUUCUCAAGAGGGACUUGUUCCGUGGAAAGAUGAUUCUUUUUGCAAGAAGCACAGCUCUUGAAAUUGCAAAUACCAGAGCAAGGAAGAAGGCUCUUGCAGAUGCCAUAGAUGACUGCUCAAGUACUUGUGAUGCCGUUGAUGCUCAAAUCAAAACUAUUGAGCAGUUUUUAGAGAUGUUGAAGGCUGUAUUGAAAGUAAUGAGAAGUCAGAUUGCUCAAUGAGGUUGAGCUGAUGCCGCAUGAGUAAAGGUAAAACAUCUACAAAAGACGAGGACUCGACAAAAUUCAAAUUCAGCAUUUGGG